AUGACCUAUCCCCGGGAAAAUUGGGACAUUGCGGCUCUCAUGUCGCAGCAACGAUUUCUGAGGCAGCAGGAACAGCAAAUGCGAGCAGAAGUAUUGCGUCUUUCUAGGACGACUCCCUUUGCCCUUCCUCAGGACAGGCCACUGCCUCCUCCUCCCCCCCAGGAGCCUAUCGAGCGGCGCGUUUGCCGUGCAGCGCCAUGCUACCGUGGAGGUGAGGAUGCCGAAUUAGGCGCCUUUGAAGGGGGACCCGGCUGUUCGCGAAGUUCCUGGCGAUACAUUGAACGUCUGGAAGAAGGUGCGCCUGGCGGAAUGGCAGCCGCAGUUUCGCGUAGACAGAACGAACUGCUGCAGCUGCAACGGGAACGGCAAGAGCAGAUUCUGCGGCAGCAGCGCUUUUUUAGGCGGCCUGUGUCUUACGGGACCACCAUGGAAGGUUUACAUCAGAACGGACGCGAACUUAGUCCAUAUACCUUUGAGCUUUUUUCUCACGAGAGCAUGCAAGGGCUGCCGAGGCCUCGUCGGUCCGCAACAGUGGCUAUGAAUUGUGGGGGGGAGGCGAAACAGUGGGUGUCACCUACGGAGAAACGGCAACUGGCGCGCAUCAGCCCUUGCGCCCUGCCGGCCGCUGGGAUGCCCAGCGGAAGAGGUAGACGGUCAGGUGAAGACUGGUGUCCAACCCGUCAGCGGCGCCAAGUCCUCCCGGGCUAUGCACUUGAGGCCUCUCCUCCUCUUCUGCAAGCGAGCGAUGCCUGGCCGUUACAUGCCAAUCCAAAAGAUGCUUCGAGACAGGCUACUUCAAAUCCCCUGCCAUGUGGCUAUGCAGGGGGUGGGGCUCAGGGCCCUGCAGGAUGUUGCGUGCCGUCAACGCUGCCACCUGCUCUCCACCCCGAGCCCGAGAAAUUCAGUUUGCUGAGCACGUUGCCGUCGCAGCUAGAAAACAGUUCUAAGGAAGUUCUCCCUGCAGGCCUGCCAUCGCAACACCGGGGGCGCAACGGCAGCAAUGCCUUUUACGGCACCACACUGCCUUGUUGCGGCGUGCAUGCCAACCUCUCAGAACCACAAGUGGAGAAUCAGACAACAAAAUUCGAAGAUCAGCGCAGAGGAGUUUUUUAUUCCAAAAGACAACAUCAUGAAUUAAAUGCAGAAGUGCCAGCGGGAAAGCCGUCAUCCCAGUUGGGCUGCGGGAUUUGGGGUUUCCAGCAGUCGCUGCGAGCUCCGGAUGAAGUCAAGACAAGUGUAGGCAGACAGGCAGUACAUACAAGACCCUUGGCGGCCAGUAACAACGUGAGCACAACCUGCCACUUUGCUGGUACUGGUAGACCUGUGGCUGACGAUGAGGAAACCCUCAAACAGCUAGGGGUAAGCUUCUCCCCCAGGGAGCUCUUGUUUUUUCGGAAGCAGCCGAAUACAAGGGGAGCCCGGCAGAGGAUGGUACCCAAAAAAAGAAGUCGCAGCUGCAAGCCCUCAGGAACGGAGAGAGUAUCCACUGACUUGCCCCUUAAGCGCGGGGUCAGUGGGAGUGGUCUGCAUAUGUGCAAAGGUGUGGACGCCGUAAUCCCUGCACCGAAGCCGGAUAUCUGGACGAUUCCUUCUUGGAUGCGGGCAUAUGGGGUGUCAGGCACCCCGGCUGCUCACCAUGAAUGGGUAGGGGGACAGCGUCAGUUUCCCCCUGCUAGCUUCUCAGCUGCUCUUCGAUCACGACGACCCAAAUUCUGUCCCGCUGACUCUCCAGAAGAUCCUGUCGUCGGCAGGGAUGAUGACGAAUGCGGUAUGCCCUGUGGCUGCCGCUGCUGCCGCCUACGGGCAGCUCCAGUGCCUGAAUCGGGCAUCACAUACUCUGAUCGACAGUGCUGUUGCUGCCCCUGUUGCAGUUGGGCCCGCAAUGAAGGUGGUAAUCCCCACGUAGACUCAACGGGACUUGGUGGGGAGAGUGGAACUGGCCAAAAGGAUGCGGGAACCGCUGGUGAGACAGGCAAAUGCUCCCGCUGCGGCAAGCGGUCGGUGACUGCACCCAUGGCAAGACAUCAACAACAGCACGGUGCCCUGCCACGAGGGCUAGAAGACCGCACAUAUCUUGAACAGCCAGCUCCUCUUUGCUCAGCGUGUGCCGCCUAUCUGGCGUGUGAGCGCGAGAGACAGCAGCCAGCGCUGCCAGUUCCAAGUACUGCAUGCAGUCAUGAUAUGCGGGAUGCUUCCGUUAUAAACGAGGACUCACCAAACGCCAACGAAAAGCAUUCAGCCACUCAGGAGUGUGGACUCCGUUCAAACAAAUUUGCGCAUAAUAAGGGCUCCUGUAAGGUGUCAACCGCCAAAACCGAACAAGAGGAACCUGGCGCAGCUCCCACAGCACCUAGAAACUGUAGGCAGAUGUUGGGAGAUACAUCUAGCCAGAAGCGGAGAAGUGUUCAGGCAGAGAUGAGGACGGAUCAAUAUGUUCGGUUGCCUUUGGCAAGGCAGCUUUGCACUUCAUCAAAGGGACCUCCUGAAUCCAACAGUGUGUGGGAAAGUCCCCGCAUCGUGGCGAAGAUAUGCCAAUACCUUUCGUUGUCGAAGUUGCUGCUCGUUAGGCGUUGCAACAAGACGUUGUUGCAGGCAGCACAGUACCGCAUGCGCUUUAUCUUGUACAAUUCCCUAUUCGUGCUGAUGCACCAAGACAACGGAGCAUCUGCAUCCCAGCUGGUGAAAAUGGCAGGGCAGCACUGCCCCCUUUCACCAGAUGCCCUCAUUCAGCUGUUGGGGCUUCAGCCAAACGAAGUGGAAGACGUCCAGGCCGGGAACUUGCCCCCUGCAUACCCUCCCGAAGCUGCAACACCACGUAUGCAAGAUGUUGCAGCUGCCAUCCUUAGGUCGCUGGCCGAGUUAGAGGAGUCGACGAAAUCAAAAACUUCCCCUAAGCCCAAAUUUUCUGGUAACCAUCCAGCAUCGUGCAGGAAUCCAACGCAGCCAUCUGAGCCUACCCCGACAACCUGGAAAAAUGACACUUCGCCUGCAGAACGACGAAAUGGGGUGCGGAAAACUGAGGCACAGCAGCAGAUGCUCUUAGAUGAGCACAUGGAAAAGCAGCAGGCACAGGAAGAGGCUUACUUGGAGUUGCUGCAAGAUCAAAUAGAUAGGCCUGUAAACUUCGCGUACGACGAAGCUGCAGGGCCAGUGGCUUCCUCUCAUGUACUACCAUAUGAAAAGAGCAUCACCGGAUCAGCCGAGCCCGCAACUUUCAGGAGAGUUCGGCAUGCGUUCCUUAAACUCUGGAACUACGAUGAUGAGGCCUUUCGACUAGUAGCUCAACCAUUCAUAUCACCGGAUGUGUUGACUAGAGGAUCGGGUGUUGAUGCCAACACACUUUAUCAUGCUGCAGUUGGGGGUGCAGGAGUAACUCCAUUGGUACUCCGACCGACGGUGGUGGACUCAUUAGAACUGAAAAUGUCCAAGGUUUCCCCCGAGUUUAUCGCAGAAUUCCUGACUUAUGGACGGCAGCAGCAACUUCUGCACUCCCCUGAAUAUCAACGUCCACCACGCGGGAGCAUCCGUCAGUUCAAGGCCGCAUCAGAGCUUAUCUUGAUGAUGGACUUGUAUGAGUGGCUGGCCUCGGUCUUGACUCACAUGCAGAACACUGAAGUUUCCACCUUGAUGCACGCAAAUUCAUCAACAUUAGCAGGAGCCCCAGAGCGAAAUCAAACCAAAGGAGAGAUUCAAGGAGCAGGCUGUUUGUUCAUGAUAACGAUGACGGCAUUAGAAUUGCAGUUGACUGAUAUUCGGCCUGUGUUGGCCAUUUCGAACAAAGCCACCGCGACGGUUCCGGAGUCCAGCGAAGACAAGGACUCAAUCACUAUUGCCUCGAGAACCGUGUCGGGCAAGGGUUCUACGUGA